AUAUUAGCAAGUUAAUAAAACUAGCAUGAGAGUUCAGCAGACCGAAAAAUGUGCUUACGAUAGCUAAUUAUGGCAAUUAAGUCGUUGAUUUUAUACUUAUAUUUGAUUUAUAUAGAUAUAUUAUUAAUUAUAAUGCUAUAAACGCCAUUUUAAGAGUUAGCUAACCGAAAUGCCUCUGUAACAUCAGUGCAGUUAGCGAUUAUUAGCUGGAAUAGUUUGUGUUAGCAAAACAUUUUUUUUUUCUAUUAAGAUUUUAUUCUGGAGUAGUAUUGUUUUUUUUGUUUUUUUUUUUGUAAUAAGCCACUUUUACAUUAUAUUUUUUUGUUCAUUUAUUUAUUUAUAUUUAAUUAUGUAAACCUAUUUUAUUAGCCUCUCGAGCAGUUGUUGUGGGUGCGUUCAAAAUCGCGGCAUCGAGUCACAAUCCAGGGCGCGCGCCCCUUUAUUUGACGUGUUGUAGUGCACUAUUUUGACGCCAUAUUUAGUGCAGUAGGACGCGGAUUGGGACGCACCCUAACAACCCCGUCUCUUUCUAUCAACUGUACGAACGACUGGGUGUUCAAUGAAAAGAAAGUUAAAAUGGAUCCGAACAAGCCACUGUUCCCACCGGUACUCCCUGGUGUUCCACAUGGUCCAGUGGCACGGGGUCGAGGGUUACUCGCAGACGAACACUUGUUAGGGCGAGCCAGAGGUUUGGGUGUAACGGCAGACGAGCUAUCUGUCGGGCGAGCUCGUGGUUUGGCUGUAGCGUCAGAAGAACCCUUGGUAGGGCGAGCUCGAGGUCUGGCUCUAAUCGCAGACGAGCCCUCGGUAGGGCGAGCCAGAGCUUUAUCCAUGAUGGCAGACGAGCCUUCAGUGGGACGUGCUCGAGGUCCUCCUGUAGCUCCUGCUGAACUGAUUGCUGGGAGAGGGAGAGGUCUAGCGUCCACUGCUUUAGACGCCCCGGUGUUUCCUUAUGGCCGGGGAAGCCCAGGGUUAGGCAGCGACAAGCCUGUUAGUGUUGCACGGGGAACGGAGGAAGAGGAGGGCGGCGGUGGGUUUGGCAGAGCCAGACGGCUUCUUCACACAUCUCAGGAUCCUGCGGUGGGAAAAGGAAGGAGCAUGUCACUGUUUGUGAAAGAGUCUGAGCCUCCAGGUAAAAGCGAACGUAUGGACACGUCUGAAGUUAUUCCCUGCUUACAGGAGGAAGAGCCACCCAAAGUUCAGGCUGAUGUUCCAGGUCCAGGGUCGUCCCUGCUCUCCAUGUUCAGAGGAAUGGGCCUUGAACCAGCCAAAACAUGGGGCAGAGGAGCCCCAACCUUGGGACGAGGUGCAGUAGGUGAACACAGAGAUGAUGUUCAGCCCCUUGUGCCUCCUGUUGUAUCUGCAGCUUUGGAAGCAGGAGAUUCACGGUACAGGAGCAGUUUUGCAGGGAGAGGACUGAUUGGAGUUGGAAAAGCUGUCGGUUUUCCAGUGGGUCGAGGUUCCGGUGCCCCACUUGCACCCCUGAUCCCGAAAGAUAUCCCCAUGACCCCAGCAAUCUGCCCUCUCAAAGCAGAGCUGAAGAUGGAAGCGGCUCGUGAGCCGUUAAAGAAGGUCGGAACGAAGGGGGAUCCGGUCUCCAUCGGCUCCAACUACGUCCCCAUCCGGUGCAAGAACGAAGCCGUGUUUCAGUAUCACAUCACGUUCACGCCAAGUGUGGAGUCGAUCAGCAUGCGCUUUGGGAUGAUGAAAGAUCAUCGUUCGACUACAGGAGAUGUAGUGGCCUUCGAUGGUUCCAUCCUUUAUCUGCCAAAACGCCUAGAGGAGGUUGUUCAUCUGAAAGCGGAGAGAAGAACUGACAAUCAGGAAAUCAAUAUUAAAAUCCAGAUGACUAAGAUCCUUCCUCCACACUCCGAUCUGUGCAUCCCGUUCUACAACGUCGUCCUGCGCAGAGUGAUGAAGAUUUUGGGGCUAAAUCUGAUAGGCAGGAAUCAUUAUGAUCCCAAAAGUGCAGUUGUUCUCGGCAAGCACAGGCUGCAGGUGUGGCCAGGUUACUCCGCUUGUAUUAAACACACAGAUGGAGGUUUGUACCUGGCCGUGGACAUUUCACACAAAGUGCUGAGAAACGAUUCAGUCCUGGACGUCAUGAACGUGAUCUACCAGCAGAGUCGAGAAAGCUUCAAAGACGAGUGCACCAAAGAGUUAAUCGGUUCCAUAGUCAUCACUCGCUACAACAACCGAACCUACCGCAUCGAUGACAUCGAGUGGGCUAAGUCACCCAAAGACUCCUUCACCAUGGCGGACGGCUCUGAGACCACCUUCAUCGAAUACUACAGAAAAAACUAUGGCAUCACUGUGAAAGAACUAGAUCAGCCCUUGUUAGUCCAUCGGCCGAAGGAAAGGUCCAAACUUGGGGGAAAGCAGGUAAUAACGGGGGAGAUUCUGCUGCUGCCUGAGCUCUCCUUCAUGACCGGCAUCCCGGAGAAAAUGAGGAAAGACUUCAAAGCUAUGAAGGAUCUAACGGUGCACAUUAACGUGAGUGUGGAGCAGCACACACACUCGCUAAAGCAGCUUCUACACAACAUCAGCACCAAUCAGGAGGCAGUGAGAGAACUGUCACGCUGGGGCCUCGAGAUCAGCUCCGAUAUACUGGUGACUCAGGGAAGAACUUUGCCCAUGGAGACCAUUUGUCUGCAGUCUGCUACUUUCGUCACGUCUCCGACUGUUGAUUGGUCGAGAGAGGUGGUCAGAGACUCGUCCAUCAGCUGUAUCCCUCUGUACUGCUGGGCGGUUUUUUACCCUCGUAGGGCUGCGGAUCAGGCAGAGGAGCUGGUGGCCACGUUCGGGAAGGUGGCCGGGCCGAUGGGGCUCAGGCUGGAUCGUCCAAUCCGCAUCGAGCUCCGUGACGAUCGCACUGAGACCUACAUAAAGAGCAUCCACUCCCAGCUGAGCAGUGAGCCCAACGUGCAGCUGGUGGUUUGCAUCAUGACCGGAAACAGAGACGACCUAUACAGCGCUAUUAAAAAGCUUUGCUGCGUUCAGAGUCCGUGUCCCUCUCAGGCGAUCAACGUGCGCACAAUCUCGCAGCCACAGAAACUUCGCAGCAUCGCGCAGAAGAUCCUCCUGCAGAUCAACUGCAAACUGGGAGGAGAGCUUUGGACAGUCAACGUUCCUCUGAAACAUCUCAUGGUGAUCGGCGUGGACGUCCAUCACGACGCCAGCAAGAAAACCCGAUCUGUGAUGGGAUUUGUGGCAAGUCUUAACAGCCUGAUGACAAAGUGGUACUCCAGAGUCACGUUCCAGAUGCCCAACGAGGAGAUCAUUAACGGCUUCCGAGUGUGUCUUCUGGCUGCCCUGCAGAAAUAUUACGAGGUGAACCACAGCUUCCCAGAGAAGAUCGUAAUCUACCGUGACGGAGUUUCAGACGGUCAGCUCAAGACCGUGGAGCUUUACGAGAUCCCACAGAUCCUCAAGUGUUUCGAAACGUUUCCCAACUAUGAGCCGAAGCUGGCGUUCAUCGUCGUGCAGAAGAGGAUCAACACGACCCUGUACGCAUACGGAGGCGAUCGAUUUGGAACACCUCCACCAGGAACUGUGCUCGAUCACACCGUCACACACAGAGAGUGGGUGGAUUUCUACCUCAUGGCUCACUCGAUUCGUCAAGGCUGUGGCUUCCCCACGCACUACAUAUCCAUAUACAACACAGCAAACCUCACCCCGGACCACCUCCAGAGAUUGACCUUUAAGAUGUGCCAUUUGUACUGGAAUUGGCCCGGGACGAUCCGUGUGCCAGCCCCAUGCAAGUACGCGCACAAACUGGCCUACCUGUCAGCGCAGUACCUCCACUCCGAACCCGCCAUCCAGCUCUGCGACAAACUCUACUUCCUUCACAGCACAGAGGAGCACACUGAGCAGGAGGUUGUUCCUGCCUCGGUGCAGAAAGGAGCGCUCUCACAGGACCUUUCUCCCUGCAGCCAUCAGACUCUACAACUACACACAACUUCUCCACCUGAGGAGGCACAGUGAUUUUUCUGCACUGGAUGAACAUCAUAAAUGUACAUUCGUAUAGUUGUUUAUUUUAAAUUAUUUUAAUACUUUUCUGCUGAUAUAUUGUCUUUUGUCUUAUAUUCUCUGUUCUCUCGUGUCUGCUGCUGUAACACUGGAAUUUCCUACUAGGGAUUAAUAAAGUCUUGUAUUUGCUAUAAACAUGAUAUUUGUGUGAAAGCAUUUAGCAAAUUAAAAAAAGAGUUGUUUUUUUUUUAUGUAUUUUUGAAAAGACAUGUUUGUGGCAAUGCAAUUUUUUUUCUUUUUUAAAUGAAGUGCUUCAGUAAAUACAUCAUUCUACAGCUUAGUAGUUUUUAAAUGAAAUAAAUUGCUGGAGGAGUAGCGAUAUCAGCUGAUUUAGUGCUCAUUUAAGUGCUUUAGUAGGUCGUGCUAGAGGUUUGAAGGGAAUGUGGUGCAGAAAGGGGUUUAAUGUGUGCCCUCAGGUAGGCACUGGACUGUUUUUGGUUUUGUAGCCUAGCCUCAGUGUUAUAAAUCUGAUGCAAGCAGCUACAGGAAGCCAGUGGCGGGAUUAGUUACUGGAUUAGUUGCAGAGGUUGGAUGGCACGCAGUGGAAGACCGGCCAGGAGAGAGUUACAGUUGUCCAACCUUGAGAUGACAAGCGACUGAACAAGCACCUUAGUGGCCUCUGUGGAUAGAAACGUCCGGAUCCUCCUGAUGUUGUAAAGGAGAACCCUGCAUGUCUGAGCCGGAGUGGAGAAUGAGAGUCGGUCGUCCAGAACUACAUGAAUGUCUCGUGUCUUCUCGGACAGUUUGAUUCAAGAGUUCUCCAUG